AUGAGUGAAGUUGAGCGGCUCGCUGAAGUUCGCGAGAAGAAAGCGAAAAAUGUCAUGAGAGAGAUGAGGAUUCAGAAACUUUGUCUCAACAUUUGUGUGGGAGAGUCAGGUGAUCGGCUUACACGUGCUGCAAAGGUACUGGAACAGCUUACCGGUCAAACUCCUGUCUUCUCCAAGGCAAGAUAUACUGUUCGGUCGUUUGGAAUUAGAAGAAAUGAGAAAAUAGCAGUACACUGUACAGUGCGUGGACCAAAGGCGGAGGAAAUUUUGGAGAAAGGGUUGAAGGUCAAAGAAUUUGAGUUGCACAAAGAAAACUUUUCGGACUCUGGAAACUUUGGCUUUGGGAUUCAGGAGCACAUCGAUCUUGGAAUCAAAUACGAUCCAUCCAUCGGAAUCUAUGGGAUGGACUUCUACGUGGUGCUAGAUCGUGCUGGUCGUCGUGUUGCCAAUCGCAGACGCGCACCGGGUCGCAUUGGUCGAUCUCACCGCGUAACUCGCGAUGAAGCAGUAAAGUGGUUUCAGCAAAAGUACGACGGUAUUAUACUGCCACCGAAACCGAAGGUUAAGCGCGUCGUUCAUCGUAGACGUUAA